AUGUGCAGAAACCAAACGGUUCCACCCAAUGAUGUCAACAGAAGGAAGUGCUGUCAACAUUAUGAGUGUCCUUUACGAGUCAACCAGUCAAACCACGAGAACCAUUCACUUGCCGGCAAUGAGACGGCGGCGACGCGGCGCUUGUGCCCGGGGGUAAUGUUCGCACUUCCGACGGUUUCAGGUGUUGAGCUUGAAAUGAAUGAGAUGGCAGAAGGGAGCAGCAGGUGUGCCGACCGAGAGAGACCUCCACCUGCGUCCAGCUCCCCGCGGUCGUCCCCCGGCUGCAGCUCCACCCGGAUACGGCUGCCUGCUGAAUCCCCUCUGAGGUAUCAAUGGAUGAUCGAUCGUCAGGAUUCUCGGCACCGUCGCGAGGAGCUGCUGUCGAGUCCUCCGUCUCGUGUCUACGAGGAACUCUUCUGUACCGGCCGGACCGCCGACAUCGUGCUCCCUUUGACCGGCGCCGUCCUGACCUCCGGGCCGCACGGCGACGUGGUGAAGCGAGGAUACCUGGGGAAGAUGGAUCGGGAUCGCAGAAGAUAUUUUGCCCUGAGGGCAGGAAGUCACAUCGGGCCGAGCCGGCUCGAGUGGUACAAGAACCAGGAGAAGUUCAGCGCGGUGGAGAAGUCUGCUGGUAAAGCGCCGCUGUUUGGGGUGAUUUACCUGAGGUGCUGUCUUGGUGUGAGUCGGAGUGACAGUUCUAGAAAAGGCCACACGGUGGCGCUGUAUGCCACGGAUCAAACCCUGGUGCUGGUGGCGGAGGACCAGUGGGAACAAGAAGACUGGUAUCUGGCCAUCAAGAGACUGAUGGAGGAAGAGCGGAAGGCUGAAGAGCAUGGCGAAGUAUUUGACGAAGAGGAUGAUGGGUAUUGCACCCUGCCCUCUGCUGCCUUCUUCAAAGAGGUGUGGCCCGUCACAGUGAAGCCCAUCGGUCUGGGCUGCUCCAAGUCCCUGGCCGGGGAGAGCCGGCUCUGCCUCACGGCCACGUCCCUCGUCUUGGUCCGAGUGGCCGCGUGCAGUAAUUUGCCGUCGGUUACGAUACCGUUGCUGAGUGUGAGGCGCUUCGGUCACUUGGAUGGUUCCUUCUACUUGGAGCUCGGCAGGUCGGCACCGAACGGUCCCGGGGAGAUCUGGAUGGAAGCGAGAGACCAAGGAAGCCCAGCAGUCGCCCAGCAGGUUCAUGAGGUGGUCCGUGAGACCGUCAGGGCCCUGAGAGCUCUCCCUGACUUCAGCGGGUCACCGACCUCCAUCCACAAUCGGCGUCAAACCCUCCUGGCUUUAAAGCGCUGCAGACCCAAAAACAGAGACAAACUGGCGAGGCCGCCUGGUUCCCGUCUGGCCCUGCCCUUCGGGACAAGUCCAAUUAAAUGUUACCUCGAGCCGCACAAAGCGGAGCCGGAAUCCCCUCGGAGCUCCGCCUCCCAUCGCAGCUCCAUGUCGGAGACCGGCAGCUACAUGGAAAUGAAGGUGGACCCACAUCUCCCAGUGAGCAAAGGGCGGGACAACGAGUGCAGAAGAGCUGCCAUGGCGACGGGGCACCGCUGCAGUGCAGCCGCCUGCGGGAUGGAGAGCUGGGAGGACCAGGGUCCCGAUUACAUGAUGAUGAUGAUGUCGCCACCAGGAAGCCUCAGUUCGCCUGCACUGCCUCAGGAUGACUAUGUGACCAUGGCAAGCCCAAAGAAACACUCCACUUACUCUUCGCCCUCCUCUUCCCUUCAGACAUCCUUCAACAGCUCCACCUCUGACGGCUACUCUCCUCUGCACCCGUCACAUCUUCAGACUAACGAGCCCAGUCAGCCACUCUGGCUGGUGACCUCGGUCCAACAGUCAGAAACGGAUGCCGGCCAAUCACAGAUGAGCAUCGGCUGCUCCAGCCGACCGCGGGAGGAGGCAAGGCGGGACCCGAUGUCGGCCGAGCAGAGACCGGGAGCCCGGGCCGGGUUCUCCCCGUCUCCUGUGAGGAGCGUGGGCCGCACCGGCAUGAGUGGUCCAGACUAUGCCAGGCCGGUCCAGGCCGGUCCAAACUCUGGCAACGGUCGGUCUCGCCGGGCGGCCUCGGACAAACCUGUUCGAAGACACCGGCUGUCUUUGUGUCUGCCUUCCUGCCUGCAAGCUGAGGACAGAGACUGAGCAGUUGUUAGAAUUUGAAGAAGUUUUGUGAAGAUCAACAAUCUGAACAGGAGCUACUUCUUUAUUCUGGUGCAUUAGUUACCUUUAUAGGCCUUAAAAAGUCAAACUAAUGAAAGGAUAAUUGAUUAAAAUCUUUAAAGUCUUACA